GCUGUGAAGUGGCAUGAGUUUCUGAAGGACACAGCGCUCCGCUCUGCUGUGGUGUAGUGCGCUGCUGUUAGAGUUGGAGAGCCCGAUCCGACAGGAGGGAUAGAUAGACUCACUGCACUCCCUCCCUCUCUCUCUUUCCCUCCCUCUCUCUCUCUCUCUCCCCCUCUGUGUCGCUGUCUGUCUCUCUGUCCCCGCGCUCUCUCGUUCAUGAAUGUCACCUCUAUCUCUGGGAAAUGCUGGAUUUGUCAAGUCUCCGUCUUUUUCCCUGUCUUCUCUCAGGGCGCGGGUGAACGCGACGGGGAUGCCAGGGGAGCCUGAAAGAUGCCGAGGAAACAAGCCGCGCUCCGUUCAGCAGAAGCCGCAUCUCUUCAUCAGCUUGCAGAGCUGAUACCUCAGGUCGGACAGUCACUACUUCUUCCUCUACUUCUCUUGCUCUGACUGUGUUUGAGGUGGAGAAUUUUUACAGGUGAAGGCAAAGAAAGGACGGGAGUCACAGGCUGUCCCAACAGUGAUACUCCUGUCAUUUUGGAGAGUUAAUGUGUGGACCCCUUUUUUUGUCCCAGUGAACAGCAUCAGGCUUCUUUUUUUUGGGACUGAGCGGGUGAAGAGGACUAAAUUUCAUCGUUUUUUUUAAUGGUUCUGGUUUUAUAAUGCGACGAGUCCCGUUUUGAGACAAACUUCAUUUGUGCUUGGAGUACUCUUAGACUGGGACAGAGGUGUCAGAGGGAUAGCGGCUACACUGCACUGGAAUUUGGGUGGAUAACAACAUGACUCGUCCUGGCAGAGGUAGAGUGACGUGUGAAAGCUUUACUUGAAUCGGUCUCCCAACCACAACGCACAAAUCCCAGAAGGACAUAUAAAGGCAAACGACCACUCAUCCAAACCUCCGUGAGCAGUGGUUGUCAGACUUGGGAGGGCUUUUAAAGGAUCCACCCUUCUCUUUCCUCCACCUCCAACUCUUCCUCCCUUCCUCUCCUUCUUUUUCUGCUCCCUCCCAGUUGAUUCGUCCUAGGAAGCCCCCUCCUCCGCUCUGCACCCCUCCCUCAGUGGUGCUCCGUCGCCCUGGGUGAGUGGGCAGGGGGGUGGCCCACGGUACCCCCCGACACCUGGGUGCCACCGAGCCGCCAGAGGCUGGUGAGGGGGCAGCUGGGUCAGCACUGGGAAGAUGGCCGCUCUUGCCAGUUCCCUCAUCCGCCAGCGCAGGGAGGUCAAGGACCCCCAGGCAAACCGGCAGAUCGCCAGCAAGCGAAAGCCCUGCCCGAAGAGCAACAAGUCACUUUGCCAGAAGCAAAUCCUCAUAUUAAUAUCAAAAGUUCGAUUAUGUGGCAGUCGAGGGAGAAAAAUGGAGAAAAGACCAGAGCCUCAGCUGAAGGGCAUUGUCACGCGGCUCUACUGCAGACACGGCUUCUACCUCCAGAUGCUGCCGGAUGGCACCAUGGAAGGCACAAAGGACGAAAGCAGCUCCUUCUUGCAGUUCAACUUGAUUCCUGUGGGGCUCAGGAUAGUGGCCAUCCAGAGCACCAAGACAGGGCUCUACGUUGCCAUGAACAGCGAGGGCUACCUCUACACUUCGGAACACUUUACACCUGAGUGUAAGUUUAAGGAGUGUGUGUUUGAGAACUACUACGUCACCUACUCGUCCAUCCUGUACAGACAGACCCAGUCAGGGCGGGCUUGGUACAUCGGCAUCAACCGGGACGGCCAAGUCAUGAAGGGGAACCGCGUCAAGAAGACGAAGGGAGCUGCUCACUUCCUGCCCAAGCUUAUUGAAGUGGCUAUGUACAGGGAGCCCUCUCUACAUGACGUUGGUGAACAGAGUCCGCCCAGAAAAACGCCCAAGACCUCCAGUGAUUCGCCUGUGCUCCAGAACGGCAAGAAAGAUCCUCAAUCCAAAACCAAAACCUCCUCCUCCUAGCGCUCAGAGACACAGGAGAGAGGAGGGGUAGACAACACGUGGACAAUGGGCACCAGCGGACACCUGAACAAGUUUGUUAGGGCUACCCUCCCCCCCACAUGCUGCCUCUAAUACUGAUCCCAUAAUGCACUGGUGACAAACUGGGUAAAAAUCAGAAGCAAGUCCAGGCAGAGUGGAGUUGGCCAGUGGGAGGCCCCUUUUACCUUUACAGAAGCCCAUUCACACCAGCCCUCCAUGUUCUUAUUUAAUGACCUUUAUGAUUAGCAGAGCCUGGGAUCUAAAAGCAAUAACUCCACAAAGAGGUGAAAAGUGGCCUAACAUUGUACAGCAUGUCACCACAGCGUGUUCAACCAGCUGGAAGGGAAAACCCCCCCCACACCCUCUAGACAUCAUCACUGAGAUCCUUCCAGUCAACCAAAUAUCCAAACAAAGUCUUCCUGGGUUUAACACAAAGAGUGCACUGGGUAAAUCUGUCCCUCUGCUGCACAUGCUCCACAAUUGGGUUAUGUUUUUAUUCCCCUAUGGGGUUUAAUGCUAAGGUUAGCUUGACACAGAGUCAUGCUAAUGUGAGGCUGUCACACAGACCCUUUGGUUCUAAAGCCAUCUGCUCACUCCACAUCUUCAGCGUGUGCGUCAGCAACUUUGUGAGAUAGCCUGAAUAUGUGUCAGUCCUAUAUGCGUGUGUGCGUGUGUGUGUUCCCGUCUUCCAUUCACCUUUGCUACGAUUUUAUUAGUUCGUGACAUGGACUCAAUUUUCCACUCUGCGGCACAAGAAAGCCCCUCCCUCCUCUGCGGCUCCGUUAAUGGAGUCUGGGACUGAUCAGAAUCUUUCGACCCUUAAACGAGGGGUCAAAAGCUCCCCCGGCACAUUGCGUAACCGCAUAACCCAAACUCAUUUAUACACAUGCAUGUUUGUGGUGUGUGCAGCACGCGCACACACUUUAGAGCCCAGGUGUCCAUGAGCAUCGGCCGCUGAAAACCAUCUCACACCUUAACGCACUUAGCAAAGUGACACGCACGCUCGUGACUGCGCCCACUAACAUGCCGACACAGUGGUGAGUGUGUGUGCAGGUUCUGGGAGAUGAUGAGGAUAUCAUCGGCGAAAUGGGUUGGUAAUGGAGCCUGGCUGUGCGGUUUGUGAUUGUGCUGCAAUAGCUGUUUUCACUGUGGCCGGCCAUGCAUUGCACAAACCCUCAAGGGCCACACAGUAUCUGUGCAAAUCAUCUUUUGUUUCACUGCACACACACAAAUACACACAAAUACACACACACAUAUAUAGAAAUGCCAUAGAAAUGUAUUUUUUCAUCGUACUCUGCCAUCCUGUUCAGGGGAUCUGACUCGAGAUUUUGACCUAAUUCUGUGUGAAAUAGUCAAUAUUCACACAUACACUGAUAUUCCAGUGAAAGGCUAAAACUAAGAGAACAACCUUUCAUUGGAUAUAUCACAAUCAGUAAUCCUUUUAAUCGGAUUUAAUGUCAAGUGGCUGUCUUGAAACUAAAGAUAAAUGUGAAAAUAAUAUAUGACAGUUGGCUACGCAGCGCUGUGAGUAAAGUAGUCUCAAAGUGUCUGCAUUUUCUGUUUCACUAAUUUGUCAUACACUAAGAGUUAUCUUGCAUCCGUAUGUGAAUUACACUUCCCCAAAUUUCCGAGCUGCGUAGCAUUGUUCAAAUAAACCGUGUUUAUUCCUUAAAGAUAAAGAUAAAGUUAGAAGACAUUAUGGAAAGCAGCUCUGGUGGAAAAAGCUCAGUUCCCCCUGAGCAAUGUGGCAGCAACACUAAAAAAAGAAAAAAAAAAUGCCCAAAAUGCUGACUUUAAGUAAUUUGAUUUAAUGUAAGUUUCCAUCUAUUAUUUUUUUUUAAUCACGUAAGUACAAUGUAAAAGGUUCACUUUAAUGGUCAAAUGAAAUUUAGUUGAUUGAUAUACCUUCAGUUUAUACCAAGGCGAUCCUUUUUUGAAUAAAAACCUUUGAUUUUA